UUCUGCAACUGAAGGCUGGGGCAGGUGGUUUCCAUUGGAGGGACGGGCCGGGGUAUUGUUCUGGGGCAACCACCUGGGGGACAGUAGGGAGGGUGCGCCAGCACCCUCUUUCCUUAGGUUACCCACAGCCCAGAUAUCUGGGCCUAUGUCGCGUUCUCGGCAGCAGCAGCAGCUGGACCUGGUGGUGAGGCGCAGAUAGAUACAGCGGGGACGUCUGUGGACCCAGAUCUGGUUCGGGAAACCAGGCAAAGCCUACGGUGAAACAGAGGUACAGAGAAGAAGACCCGAUUGAGGCAGAGGCAUUCCACUGGGGCUUCUUAGGACCGCCGCCUAGCCUGGGAGACGCAGAUUCAAGAGGCACUUGAAUGAUGUUCUGCUGCACUACAAAACGGGGGAAGGUUCUGAAGGCAAAACCUCCCAGGCCAUAGUUAGUUCCAUGAGUUGUGUGUCAAGAAUUCGGAUUGGAACUGCUCCAAAGCUUUCUCGUUCCGCGCCCUCCAGCGCUCAAGGUUCUGGUGGUGGCAGCAACCCAGUUCCAGGCAAGUCUGCCAAAACUCAUCAGAAAACAAAGGGGAGGGUGGUGCAUUUCCUGGGAUGCAGAUCAUGCUGAAAGAAAUAGGAACAGACAUUCCAUCCUAGGUGAAAGACACAGAAGGGAAAUGCCCAGUCUGGACCGGGAAUGGAAUGUCCUUGAUGAGGUGAGAAACAGAACAAAGCAAAGCAAUGGAAACAGGGGAUGGCCAAGACUUCCCAAGAACAGAAGCACUGACCGGAGCCAAAAGGGGUUUAAGAAGGAAAAGCGAACCCAGUGCCAUGGAACGCGUGUACUGCAGAGGAGGAGGAGGAGGAGAGAAUCAUGGAAAAGACGGAAGAGCACACACAAGCACAGAGAAGAGAAAGAGCAAGUCAGACAGGUGUGGAAUCGGGAUGCGGCCAGGAAGGAGGGAGGCAGAGGGUGCACCUCUGAGGCGGUGUUUGGAGAUUUCAAGGCUGAUAAUGACCCCAAGCCGUGCUUUGGACCACAAGGAGAACCCCCAGAGGGGAUCACGAUGAAGAAGUUCCUAUCCAGGACCACAGGAGGAGAUGUGCUGAGCCCCAACCCAUGCUCUCAGAAGCUUGCAGACAGGAAGGUUGUAGUCGAGUGGAUCAUGCCUUGCCCAAGGGACUUUCCUCUUCCGGAUCAUGGCGCUGUGGUCGGGUUAGGGUGCCUCUCAGGAUGCAGAGGGGCUUCCUUCCACGUGCUGUUCCCAGGGCAUGGCAAGUCAGGCACAUUUGAAGAAAAGCCAGGAAAAGCGAUAAGGAAGGAAAAAAGAAUCCCACUGAGCCACACAGCCAGACAGAGCCACGGAGCCACCUUGUCACGGAGGGGGUGGUGGUGGUGGGUAGCGAGGGUCAAGGGGGCGUGGACGUUUGUUUACCGAGACAAGAAACGCCUGCGGUGUAAUGAACCCUGUUUGCUUCCCCAGCCCGUCAGUCUCCAGAGGAGGCCUGUGAAGUGA